GAAAAGAAACCCACCCACCCACCAAAAAAAAAAAAAAAAAAUCCUGUGGCGCGCCGCCUGGUUCCCGGGAAGACUCGCCAGCACCAGGGGGUGGGGGAGCGCGAGCUGAAAGCUGCUGGAGAGUGAGCAGCCCUAGCAGGGAUGGACAUGAUGCUGUUGGUGCAGGGUGCUUGUUGCUCGAACCAGUGGCUGGCGGCGGUGCUUCUCAGCCUGUGCUGCCUGCUACCCUCCUGCCUCCCGGCUGGACAGAGUGUGGACUUCCCCUGGGCGGCCGUGGACAACAUGAUGGUCAGAAAAGGGGACACGGCGGUGCUUAGGUGUUAUUUGGAAGAUGGAGCUUCAAAGGGUGCCUGGCUGAACCGGUCAAGUAUUAUUUUUGCGGGAGGUGAUAAGUGGUCAGUGGAUCCUCGAGUUUCAAUUUCAACAUUGAAUAAAAGGGACUACAGCCUUCAGAUACAGAAUGUGGAUGUGACAGAUGAUGGCCCAUACACGUGUUCUGUUCAAACUCAACAUACACCAAGGACAAUGCAGGUGCAUCUAACUGUGCAAGUUCCUCCGAAGAUAUAUGACAUCUCAAGUGAUAUGACCAUCAAUGAAGGCACCAAUGUCACCCUUACCUGUUUGGCCACCGGAAAACCAGAGCCUUCCAUUUCUUGGCGGCACAUCUCCCCGUCAGCAAAGCCAUUUGAAAAUGGACAGUAUUUGGACAUUUAUGGAAUUACAAGGGACCAGGCUGGAGAAUAUGAAUGCAGUGCAGAAAAUGAUGUGUCAUUCCCAGAUGUGAAAAAAGUGAAAAUUGUCGUAAACUUUGCUCCUACUAUUCAGGAAAUUAAAUCUGGCACCGUGGCCCCUGGACGCAGUGGAUUGAUAAGAUGUGAAGGUGCAGGUGUGCCGCCUCCGGCCUUUGAAUGGUACAAAGGAGAGAAGAAGCUCUUCAAUGGCCAACAAGGAAUUAUUAUUCAGAAUUUUAGCACAAGAUCAAUCCUCACUGUUACUAAUGUGACACAGGAGCACUUCGGCAACUAUACUUGUGUGGCUGCCAACAAGCUAGGCACAACGAAUGCGAGUCUGCCUCUCAACCCUCCAAGUACAGCCCAGUAUGGAAUUACCGGGAGCGCUGACGUUCUUUUCUCCUGCUGGUACCUUGUGUUGACACUGUCCUCUUUCACCAGCAUAUUCUACCUGAAGAAUGCCAUUCUACAAUAAAUUUAAAGACCCAUAAAAGGCUUUUAAGGAUUCUCUGAAAGUGCUGAUGGCUGGAUCCAAUCUGGUACAGUUUGUUAAAAGCAGCGUGGGAUAUAAUCAGCAGUGCUUACAUGGGGAUGAUCGCCUUCUGUAGAAUUGCUCAUUAUGUAAAUACUUUAAUUCUACUCUUUUUUUUUUUUUGAUUAGCUACAUUACCUUGUGAAGCAGUACACAUUGUCCUUUUUUUAAGAUGUGAAAGCUCUGAAAUUACUUUUAGAGGAUAUUAAUUGUGAUUUCAUGUUUGUAAUCUACAACUUUUCAAAAGCAUUCAGUCAUGGUCUGCUAGGUUGCAGGCUGUAGUUUACAAAAACGAAUAUUGCAGUGAAUAUGUGAUUCUUUAAGGCUGCAAUACAAGUAUUCAUUUCCCUGUUUCGAUAAGAGUCAAUCCACAUUUACAGAGAUGCAUUUUUUCUUUUUUGAUAAAAAAGCAAAUAAUAUUGCCUUCAGAUCAUUUAUUCAAAAUAUAACACAUAUCUAGAUUUUUCUGCUCGCAUGAUAUUCAGGUUUCAGGAAUGAGCCUUGUAAUAUAACUGGCUGUGCAGCUCUGCUUCUCUUUCCUGUAAGUUCAGCAUGGGUGUGCCUUCAUAAAAUAAUAUUUUUCUCUUCGUCUCCAGCUGAUAAAAGUGUUUUGCCAAAUCCUACAAUUUGAAAGCAAAAAUUAAACUAUAAAGAUCAAGUUAAACUAUAUCCUAUCUCCAUUGGACUGUAAAAUUCUCUCCCCUCAUUAUUGGGGUUUGAGAAUUUUGCCUCACAAUGAUGCAGUUUUAUGAUGAAAAGUAAUUUAACUAGCAUGGUACAGGUAAAUUUACCAUAUGGUGUCUUUAGUUGUUGCUAAAUGUUAGAUCCACUAUGGUGAAUAAUUCCCUUUAACAUGGCAACACAAUCCAUUCAAGGGAUUACAUAGCAAUACAGCAUUUCUCCCUUCACUAUAUUCCUACAUGAAUUUCUAAGAUGGUUUGUCAGAAAGGACAAAAAAAUCUGAUCACCUAAUAUUACAUGAGUUGGUAAGCACUCAAAAUUAAUUUGGUUCCAAGGCAGGUAAGUUGAUAUGACAGAUAGAUAGAGUGCUCCUAUGAAUAGGAGUACUUUGCAUAUUUUCUAUCUGAAAACAUCACUCAGUUGAUUGUUUAGAAUGUAUGUUCUAUUUUUAAAAAUCCAAAAUAUAACAAAAAUUGCACACUGGUAUAUCACAGAUCACUUUCUGAAAUAACUAAUUUGCAAUAAAAUAUUUCUCCAUAGUCUUUCCAGUGCCAACAAGUAAGGCCAAAAGAAAAGUAAUUACCAUGGUUUAUUUCUUCUUCAUGAUUUACAUAGAGGUGAUCAAAAGAAGACACAACUCUGGUGGUGAAAGUAUCUUAAGCUAUAUUAAUUAUCAUAAAUAUUAGGUGACUUUAUCAUUAAGAAUGAAAACUACAUUUUUGGAGGAAAUUGCUAUUACUCUGACAAGUAUUUUAUUACAGGAAUAGUUUUAUGAUUUUACUUUAAAGAAAACAUAGCCAUGAAAGAUAUUUAAUAAGUGUGACUAAGUUUCCAGUUUCACUACACCUAGAUAAAAAAUAUUGGUACCCUUCUGCAAGUCAUAAUAAUAACAAAACCCUACUAAUAAAAUUAGAUGCAAAUUUCACAAGGUUGUACAUAUUUAAGAUGUCAAAUAUUUUGUCCUAAAAGAAAUGGUUUGAAAAUUAUGAAUUUUUUCAAGUAAAAUUAGUUUAUUGGACACCAUAAUUCUAUUUUAAUUAGGAAAAAAAAAUGAAUCCUAAGUGAGGAGACAUAAGUAUAAAAUAUUUCUACCAAAUGGCAAUAAUAUGGCAUAGUGCUAUUCAGUUUACUCACUGUAAUAAUUUACCUUAUUUUGACUGAUAUUUUAAAAGUAGGCUUUUUAAACAUGACAUUUAAACUUUGGUUACUAUUGGUUUAUUUUUUUAAAAUAUCCUUUGUGGAAUUGGUGAGUAUAUGACUUUUUUUGUUGUAUUGCAGCUUUAAAGUGGCACACUCCAUAAUAAUCUACUUACUAGAAAUAGUGGUGCUACCACAGAUGUUAACCAUCAGUACCAUUGUUUGGGAGGAAGAAACAGAUCAAGAAUGCAUAUUUUACAGUGACCGCUUUCCUAGAGUUAAAAUACCUCCUCUUUGUAAGGUUUGUAGGGUAAAUGUGAGGUAAAUUGAGGUAUAAACUAUGGAUGAACCAAAUAAUUAGUUCAAAGUGUUGUCAUGAUUCCGAAAUUGUGGAGUCUGGUGUUUUUACCAUAGAAUGUGACAGAAGUACAGUCAUAGCUCAGUAGCUAUAUGUAUUUGCCUUUAUGUUAGAAAAGACUUUCUUGAGUGACAUUUUUAAAUAGAGGAGGUAUUCACUAUGUUUUUCUGUAUCACAGCAGCAUUCCUAGUCCUUAGGCCCCUGGACAGAGUGAAAUCAUGAGUAUUUAUGAGUUCAAUAUUGUUCAAAUAAGGCUACAGUAUUUGCUUUUUUGUGUGAAUGUAUUGCAUAUAAUGUUCAAGUAGAUGAUUUUACAUUAUGGACAUAUGAAAUGUCUGAUUAUUCCAUUUUAUCAGUCCUGACUGUACAAGAUUGUUGCAAUUUUAGAAUAGCAGUUUUAUAAAAUUGAUUUAUCUUUUGAUUUAUAACAAUUUUUUCUAGCUAUUCAUUUCAGAAUUAUAUUUCCCCAAGUUCCAUUUGUGGGGACUCCUUUUGUUGCCCCUGAAAUUUCUUUUUCAAAGAAGAGAGAAAAUAUAGAACACUUGAGGAAAGAAAAGACAGAAAA